AUGAAAUUCACAAGUGAGAAUUAUUCGAUUAUUGUAUUGCAGGGAAAGAACUUCAUGCAUGGAUUGAUCCACGUCUGCUGUACGUCAUGUCAGCCUCCAAUCAUGCUGACCGGCGUCCCUGGCCUGGAAUCUCAGCACAUCUGGAUCGCCAUCCCGCUCUGCAUCAUGUACAUAAUUACUCUGCUGGGAAACGGUGCUGUUCUCUUUGUGGUAAAGCAGGAUGUGACCCUCCAUGAGCCCAUGUACUAUUUCCUCUCCAUGCUGGCUGUCAUUGAUCUGGUCUUCUCCACGGCUGUUGUCCCCAAAAUGCUGAGCAUCUUCUGGCUGGAUUCCGGAGAGAUCAGCUACGAGUCCUGCUUCCUCCAGAUGUUCUUCAUCCAUACCUUCACUGCCGUGGAAUCGGGAGUGCUCUUGGCCAUGUCUUAUGACCGAUACGUGGCUAUCUGCAACCCCUUGAGAUACAAGACUAUCCUAACCAACCCAAAGAUUGCCAUGAUUGGGCUGCUGUCCCUUGCGAGAGGGUUGGCAGUUGUGACACCUUUAACCUGCCUUCUAACCAGUCUGCCAUUCUGUAAAACAAAUGUCAUCCCUCAUUCCUAUUGUGAGCACAUGGCCGUGGUGGAGCUGGCCAGCACAUACUCAGAAGUCAGUGACCUGUUAAAUGUUGUCGUGGCCACAGCCUUAGUGGUGGCAGACUCCAUCUGCAUCUCUUUCUCUUACGGCAUGAUCCUCCGCUCUGUUUUACGGCUCUCAUCUCACGAGGCGCGUCUCAAGGCCUUCAGCACCUGCAGCUCCCACCUCUGCGUCAUCCUGCUCUUCUACAUGGGCGGGCUCCUUUCCAUGUACCUGCACAUGUUUGACCUCAUCCUUGCACGUCACACCCAAGUCUUGCUGGCUGACUUGUACCUUGUUGUCCCCCCCAUGUUAAACCCGGUAGUUUACGGCCUGAAGACCAAGCAGAUCCGGGAUCGGGUCUUCAAGCUCUUUGGCCAAAGAAAGAUCUGA